UAACAGUCCAGGAAUUUAACUACUAAAACUCAUAUCAACAGAAGACCAUUAUAUUGACUAUUUUUAUGUUUUGACUCUCACCUGAGGGCCUUGUGUUGAGCCUUCUGUAAACGCAACUGCAUAUGGGCUGCAUGUUGAGUGGCCCUGGAGUAGAAGGAUGCCUAUUCUACAGUCAGUCCAUCAGGAAAUGCUUAAAUGUAGCAGCAGUAAGAGAUAAGAAACAGAAAUUUGAGUGUGAAGUGCAUAGCUUUGUUGCUGAGAUUAGAAGAAAUCUUGAAGAAAAGGGAGGGAACUUGUAAAUUGUAACAUGGGAACAAAGCUUGUUUGCUUCAGCUUCACUGAAAAUAGCAAGAGGAUCCAAGCUAAUUCUCCCCCAAGAUUACUCAAGGACACAUUGGAAAAGAGAGGUGCACUGGGACAAAUAAAAGCAAGGAUCAGAGCUGAAGUUUUUAAUGCGUUGGAUGACCAAAGUGAACCAAGGCCACCACUGUCUCAUGAAAAUCUUCUAAUCAAUGAACUAAUUCGUGAAUACUUGGAAUACAAUAAAUAUAAAUACAGCGUAUCUGUUCUAACAGCAGAAUCUGGUCAACCUGAAGUACCAUUGGAUAGACAGUUUCUUGCUCGUGAACUUAAUAUAGCGGAAGAUCCAAAUAGAAGAUCAAUACCUCUCUUGUAUGGAAUUCUAGCUCAUUUUUUACGUGAUAGUAAAGAAGAAGGUAUCCAGAAUAAGUUUUCAAAAGGAUCUUCACUGCAGUUUCCAAGACAGAACCUCAGCAAACUACCUAAUGAAAGAAAUCGAAAGGAUGCAAUUCCAGAACCCGGGAGGAUGGCUGGCACUAGCAUUGAAGAUCCAUUUGUUUUACAGGGUGUAAACAGAUGACAGUUCAGUUUUUAUAUGUCCAUUUCUCAUUUAAACAGUCAAGAUUGGAUCCUGGAAACCCUUUUUCACGUGAAUAGUUCUUGUUGUCCCUUUGACUUUGGUGGGACUGUUUGAAUGAGUAAAGGCUACUCAUAAAUAAGACUUUGUAGAAAAAAACCCAUAAUUUAUUGCUGGAAAAGCAACAUUAGAAUGCUCUGGACCUGUUUCUAUGCAAAAAGGAUCCCAACAUGUUUUUAUUUACAAAAAUAAGAAUUGUCAGGAAUAUUUAUUCUAUUCCAGUACUCACUAACUCUGUCUUUGGUCUCUGUACUUGACAUUACUUUUUCUGUACUUGUGAAAUCUCUAUUUUUGAAUAUAGGAAUAAAAGCUAA